GUAUCGGAUUCCAUCAGUGAAUGAAACUGCUAGCCAGAGUGGCGUUGGAGAUGCCUUUCUUGCACUUUUAAAGCUUUUUAGCAAAAGCACUGAGAAUCCUCCCCUGGAUGAGUGCUUGCAUCCGUGGUUAUCGUCGCAAAUGUAGUAGGGGUUGCGUUAAUGCAGGUUAGGUCUCCAUUUCGAUGUUCGAAGUGUCAUGCGAUUCCAUGGACAAUUAAUUGAGAAUUCUCAGUGUUUGGGUUGUUGGUUGGAGUGGUUGAUCGAGUAAGUAAAGGCAAUGGCGAUGGCGGAGUCUCCUCAUGAAUACGUGGACCCAAGUGAUAUCACAAAGGAGGACGUAAUAUCUGCAUUUCUCCAGACCAUUCAAAGAACCAUAAAUUGCUUGUCAGCCGAAGAAGCGAAGAUACGAAGAACUGCAAUAGAAAGACUACACAUAUAUUUGCUGAAAGAUGACGCGGCAGGAUCAUUGCCUCCAGCGGAUGUUUUACAGUGGUUUUAUUACGGUUUGCAGGCUUUAUGGGAUGGACACAUUCUAGAUAGAGUAAUGCGUUGCGUUUGUGAUCCCACUGAGAAAUGCAGAGAGGUUGCCAUUCAACUUAUCAGGGAAGUGGCCCAGUCGCUUACCGAGGUAGACUUUACCUUGAAAGAAAUUGUCCGCGUUAUGGCUUUAAGGAUGGGACAGGCACCAGUAUUGGAAGACUCCGAGGAGAUACGCUUGCAGCUAUUCUCACUCUUAAAUGACAUUCUGCUCCCAGAGUGCGAGAUUUCGUCACUGCAAACUAUUAUUGAUCCUCUGCAUAGGAUAUUGACUGUGACCCUUUAUGAUAAUUUUCAUGAGGUAAGAAAGAGCGCUUGCAGAGUUCUUGUCACAACGGCGAACCGCGACCCAGAUGUGUUUGGGAACAGGAUCGGGACGUUACUCAAAGCUCUCAUCCCUUGUCUCAGUCAUUCUCACUCGCGAGUAAGAAUUGCAGUCUUCCAAGCGAUUGAUGCCAUGGUGCAAUGCGGGCUUACUGCAAGUGUAGUGGCUCAGCAGUUAGCUCCUGGAAUUAAAUUCUUGGCGUUCGAUCAUACCACCACUGUCAGAGAGCUGUUUUUUGCCAGUGUUGCUAACUGGCUCAAUUACAACUUGAGAAAAAUGAAUGACGAGGAGAUUCGCGAGUGCAUCAUUGCUGGAAAAGUCCCACGCUUCCACAUCGCAGAGCUUCUACCUCUUUUAUUGCUGGGUUUAACAGAUGAAUGCCUUGAUAUAGCCAGAUCAACUUAUGAGAAAAUUGAAGGCGUUGGCGAGAUCUAUAAGAAAUUUAUCGACCAACUAAAUAAAUUUAAGGCCCCACAGGGGAGAGAGGACGUAUCCUUGAAGUCCCUAGAAGAAGGUGGAAAAUUCAUCGAAGUUGUGCUCGGGGACCGUGAUGCUGGAAAGUCCACCUGGGCUGACACGCUGAUUCUAGGUAGUGCAAUAAGGGAGGUCCCUAUUGCAGAAAGUGCGAAGGAAAGGACGGUAACCCAGAAUGCAAAAGAACUUGGAGAGCAUGAUCUUGAGCAAGCUAUGAAGGAUUUUACUCAUAGAUCUGAGGCAGUGGAAUAUGAGAAGAGCCACGCGCCUGAAUGUAGUUUUGUAACCAAAGUCGAGAGUUCAGAGGAAACUGCAGAAAAAGGGGCAUUUAACACUGUACCUGUAAAGAAGAAAACUUGGACUGUGGGUGGGAUGGAAAGAAUUGGGAAAGAGGAGACAUGUAAGGAGAAUAGCGAAGUGACCGCGGAAGCUAUUUUUGACCCGGAUUUGAAAGAUUAUAAUGUACAUCCUGAGCGUUCAAAAAUACCUCCAUGGUAUGCUGCUCUUAGCCGCUCAGGGUCACAGAAGUCACAAACUAGUUGGAAGGAGACAGAUCUGAUUGAGGGAGAUUUGUCUGUGGAGUGGAUCCUUGACUCCGAUUUGCGGAUUUUCAAUAAGUGCCAGGAACUAGAUAAUAAGAACUCCGGAUCUGACCCUGGUCAACUUUGGCGUGCGUCUCAUGCACUGGGGAUUGAGGGUGUGGAAAUCAUUGACGGAAGAAGUGGUGGCUUGGAAGAAGUUCAAACAAACUCUGUACACGGGAAAGAAAUCAUUGACGGAAGAAGUGGUGGCUUGGAAGAAGUUCAAACAAACUCUGUACACGGGAAAAUUUCAGGCCUUGAUGUUAACGCAGAGGCACAUCCUUGGAAUGAGACCCCUGGUAUCAGUGUUGAUUCUCUGGAAAACAAGGAAGAAGGGUCAACGGCAGGGGAUAAGGAUGAUGAUAAGAGUGAAAAAUACGUCUCAAGCAAUCAGGUUCGCCAGGAAGAUGAACAUAAGAAGGCCAAAACCAUAGUGAGUUUGUUGCGAAAUAAAGCUUUGAAUAAAGUGACGAGUGUGAUUACGAAUGAGGGAGCGGUUUUAAAGAAGGAUAGUGGUGAGGCAGGCGUGGAAACUCUGCAGCUGCCGAUUCCUUACAGAGGAAGACCCAGCGCUGGCUGUCAGCUUAUGGUUGAGGCAUUUCUGAGAUCAAUGAUAAAACCAUGUCUCAAAGAGCUUAAGCAAUGGACUGCUCCUACCCGAUUAAGUGCAGCUCGGCUGCUUCACACACUAAUGAUAUUUGCAGAAGGAUUUGCGGAGGAUAACCUUGACAUACUAAUUCCAGCUUUUUGCAGUGCAGUGGGAGAUGAUGAUGUAAAAGUUGCAAAGCGAGUUGUUGCUACUACGCAUAUUGUCGGAUUUUAUGUGCCACCUAAGAAAUGGUUACCUCUGGUUCUAAAACCUUUGGGAAACAUAAAAACUAGUGACGCUCAGAGAGCACAUGUGCUUGUCGUUACUGCUGCGUUAUUGUAUGGCACACCUCGUAAAGCGAUGGAAGAGGAGCAUGUUGAACAGAUAUGUGAAAAGCUCUAUGGAAAAGAAGUUUGCUGCAGUGAACAUUCUUCUAUUCAGAAUCAGCUUCUUUCGGUGGUGAAUAACUUAGUUCAAGUUGCUGGAGCGUUAUGCACGUCCUCAUCCUUUAAUAUCUUCAUUUUUCUGCUUCGGUUGCAGCUUCAAAGUGUAGAAGGUGAUUACCAACUUCAACAAAGAGCAGGUCACGUCCUUAAAUCUUUUGCGCAAGUUUUGCGGAUGAAAUCUGUUCGAGAAUUUUAUGUACAACAUAUUCAUAGCAUGUUGGACAUUGUUACUGCUGAUCAUAAGCGCUGGUCGUCGGGCUCGCCAGGGAAUCAUUUGUUCCAAACUUUCAUGCGGAAUGCCGAUGACACUGUAGGUCCUUACCUGAAGUCUCUCAUGCCAUUGUUUCGUGUAUGCUUGCAAAACAACCAAGAUCCAGUUCUUCGAUUCAGCUUCUUGCAGCUCCUGAACGAGUCAUUUGAGAAGCAAGGGCUUGGAUCAUCGUGGUCUCCUCUUGCUCCAGACCUCGUUGGCAAACUUCUUACAUCAUGUGCUGUGUGGCGUGCAGGCAAGACAGAAGCUGCUAUACGUUGUGGUGCAAUGGUGGCGGUCGGAACAUUUCUAAAAAAAGACCUUUGUAGUCAGACACAGAUGCAAGAGAUCCUGAACAUGCCAGAGGGUUUUCUUCCUGUUGUAAAAACUUGCAUCGAUGAGGAUUAUUUUCUAGAUGUUCGACGUGCAGCCACCCAUGUGAUGUAUCACCUUAUUCGAAUUUCGGGCCCCACGUUAAACACUGAGGAGAGAACUAAACUUAUCAAAGUUCUCAUGAAGCGUGUGGAUGAUAGCAGCAACACCAUCCGAAUAGCUAUCCUGCCAGCUGUGGCAAUGUUCUUCACCACCAUGCCGUCUUCUUUUUGCGACUCUGAAGUGAAGGGUUUCGUUUCAUUCCUUGUAGCUCACAUUGAUGAUGUGAUUCCGAGUAUUCAGGAGGGUAUUUCUCAAGCAGUUGAGGCAUGUGCUUUGAAAAAACCUGAUCUGGUCAUAGAUUUUCUUAGCACUGUAGCUAUCAACCAGAGAAGCUCUCAAUAUAUUGAGGGGUUGCUUCGUUUAGCUAAUCAUGUGAAGAGGAAUUUUCCAUUAGACCCACUCUGCAAAAAUUAAUCUUGAUUACAUUUUCAUGUUUGUGGUCAACAGGGAACUCAAAGUUCAAGUGUAUGCAUAAACAUUAAUAAUGUCACAAUUGAUAUUAUGCGUUUUUUUUU